UCUUUGUGCCAGAGCUUCCCGCCAAUAUCCUUUGUCACUCAUUCCCAUUUCACACUAAUUAAAGAAGCAAAUUCAAAGUCAUCUAUCAAAUAAUAACACUUUCUCCGGCCAACAAUUACAGCACCACCAGAAUGAACUCCCAACUGUUUUCUCGGUCUACUUUUCUUGUUUCUUUAUUUUUCACAACUUUGAUUUUCAUGGAGUUUCCUGCGUCGACUUUAUGCGCCUCUGAUUGGUACUCAAAUUGUAGUACCACCGAUAUGUUCAGCUGUGGAGAGAUCACAAACGUGGGUUAUCCAUUCUGGGGAGCUGCUCGACCCGAAGCUUGUGGCAAUCCUCAGUUAAAGCUCACCUGUGAGAAAAAUGACACCACCAUAGAGAUUUUAGACGUCUGGUACCGAGUUUUGGAAAUGAAUACCAGAACCAAAACACUCACUAUUGCGAGAGAAGACUAUGUAAAUGGAAUUUGUUCACCCAACUUCGUGAAUAGCAGCAUACUUGAAUCUAAAGUUCUCGACAACACCACUUUGUUGCAAAACCUUACCUUAGUCUAUGGUUGUCGAGAAGAUGAACUUCCCGGGAAGGAUUACCAAAGGUUCACUUGUCCAAAAUAUGGGCUUGGGUAUUUAGUAUUGGCAGACGAAGGCCUUAACCCGUGUACUCAUAGUGUGCGUCUUCUGAUUCCUUCAGAUUCUAUUACUGAUGUUAACAAUUUAUCGCAAGUGGAACUAACCAUCAAAGCAGGCUAUGAUGUGAAAUGGAAUGACAGUGAAGCCUGUAGUGCCUGCACUAGGUCUAAUGGAGUUUGUGGUUUUAACCGCACUUCCAAUGGACCUACUUGCUACUGCCCAAAUCAAUCUUAUGGAUCCAAAACAUGUCGUUCCUCUCCACCACCACCUCCUCGGGUCUUGCCAAUGCCUUCCCUGGCUGCCCAGGCCCCACUAAUAACAAAAUCAGAGAAUGCGUCUACGAAUGCGACUUCAACAGUGCCUAUCUUGGCUGCCCAGCCCUCACAAUCACCAUCAGAGAAUCAGUCUACACCAGGUACGGUUAUAAAUUUUCUUGCCCCACUACCUCAAUUUAGGAGUAUUUGA